AGCCUCCAACCUUGUUUUCCAAGUAAAGCAAGAUUAAAAUGUUGUAGAAAAUUCUAUUAGAUGGGUUUUUUUUUUAAGGAUGAAUUUGAUUUUUUUUUCCUUCAUAGUAGGACUUGUUUAGUUAUUUUACUCUGUUGGAAGGUUUUUUUUCCGGUGAAAUUCUCUUAUGUAAUUUUAUUAUUUUUUGAUGAAGGAUUUUUUUUAAUAUUAUAUUUUAAUAUAGUAGCGAUAUAUGCCCACAAAUUUUACCAUCAAAUUUUUACCAUAUUUUCUUCUCCGUCGAACUGCCUUUCUUGAUCCCCUAAAAACAAUUUCAUCUAUAGAAUCCAAAUUAAGCCCCGCUCUCUUUCUCACUCACUGAAAUCUCUGCUUUUAUCAAUGGCGGCUUCCCCGUCUCAUUCUCAGUCCGAUACUCAACAAAUCAUCAAUCCUCCAGAAGCUGAAUCUCAGCUCUCAUCUCUCGUCUACAAUAUGUCACAGCAAGUCCAAGGUGCCAUGGAGAACAUGCUUAAGAUGAUCAAUGAAAUUGAUGAAAACUCUUCUGGGAUAAUGGAGUAUAUAGAGAAGUGCAAAGAGUCUGCUAUUGAUAGGAAGAGAGUCUUAGAGGAAGAAAGGGUACGUUUUCAGAAAGCUGCUUUCGCUGUGUUAGACAUGCUCAACAACGGAGAAUAGAUGCGGUUCUUGCUGGAAGAACGUAGAAAAGGAUCCCUUUAUUCUGUGGACAAAGUGUAGAUGACAUUUCAAAGGUUUUUACUGUGGUCUGUUGCCUCAUCCUUUGGACUCUGUAAAAACUACUAGCAAUCUUAGAUGUUAACACUUACAAUUUUAAUAGUACACUACACACUUCAAAGAUGAUCAAUACGAUAGUUUUAAGUAAUCGUGAAAAUUGGAUAUGUCAGCAAGUUUUUUCUUCCCUUAGUCAAAUUUAUGUUGCACCCUACAUUCUUAUAUUGGUGUCAUAGAUCUAUUGAAUGGAAAUCCAGUGCUUUAAGAUACAGGCGAAACAAAA